CAACAUAAUAUAAACUGGCGACGAGUUGUGUAAUCCGGAAGACUUUUCACUGCAUCGGCGAGAGAAAUGCCGGUGUUGGUCAAGUUUGGAUAAGAAGAGAACAACCACGCUAAAACAGCACCGAGCUAGUGAGCUAGGGUAGCUGUAAAGAGUUGAUGGAUCAGUCUUCUUCCGAAGAGUCUAACGUUACAGUGACAGAGACUAGAAGCAGACACAUCAUGGCUGGAAUAAUUGGACAUAUGGAUCCCUUCGAUGAGUCCGGUGAGCAGUGGGCAACGUACAUUGAACGUUUUGAGCAUUAUGUCUUGGCUAAUGAGAUCAGGGACACAAAAAAAGUACCGGUACUGUUGAGUGUGCUCGGAUCAAAAACUUAUGGACUGCUUCGUAGUUUAAUUGCUCCCGAAAAGCCUGGGGAGAUGGACUAUGACAAUAUUGUGGGAGCGUUGCAGGCUCAUUUCGCUCCAAAGCCACUCGUAAUUGCGGAGAGAUUUCGUUUUCACAAGCGAAACCAGGGAGAAGGAGAGACAGUGGCGCAAUAUGUGGCGGUAUUGAAAGGACUUUCAGAACAUUGUGAGUUUGGUGCUUACUUAGAAGACGCACUAAGGGACAGAUUUGUGUGUGGACUUAAAAGUGAAACUGUACAGAAGCGCCUAUUGACAGAGAAAGAUCUCACGUUUCAGAAAGUAGUUGAUUAUGCGAUAUCGGCUAAAACAGCCGCGCGUGACGUGCAGCAGUUAAGUGGCUCCCUGAAAGUGAACGCGGUGUUUUCUCAAAAAUGCUGGCGUUGCGGGAAAACUAAUCAUAAUGAUGAAAACUGCUGGUACAAGGAUCGUGACUGUCAUCAGUGUGGGAGGAAAGGCCACACGAAGCGCAUGUGCAAAAGCAAAGUAAAGAACGGUCGUGACCGAGAAUGGAAACAGAAAGUGGAAAAACCUAAACAGAAAUGUAAUACAAGUAAGCGCAGUGUAAAAAGUAAAAAGAAGAGAAUUUAUCACGUUGAGACAAGAGACGAUGAAAGUGAAAGUGAGGGAAAUAAAUCUGACACUGACUGUGAGUUGGGACUUUAUGCCAUGUCACAAAAAGGGAAAUAUUCACGAAUCUCAGUGCUGCCUGUUGUAAAUGGCAAGAAAAUGGAGAUGGAAUUGGAUACAGGGGCUGCUGUGUCGUUGAUCCCUUGGGAACAGUACAAAAACACACGCUGA